CUGUUAUUAUCCAACACCAUUACAUGAAGGCAAGGAAGGACACCAUUAGAACCUGAGAUAAGGCAAAGCCGCAGGAAAGCUACGAUGAGAGUUUCUUCUGUACUUCUCUGCGGUGCUACUACUACGCUCACCUAUACUGUUGCUCCAAUUCAUCCUAACACGCUCCGCUUCACACUCUGCCUCGCCAAACCAUUUCUCUCCUCCUCUACAACACCCACCAAAUCCACCAAUCGAGCUACACAGGCUUUGGCAACUACUCCUCCUAGGGUUUCCUUACAACGCCAUUGCAAAUUUACAGAGUCGGAGCUUGUCCACGACGACGACGACGAUUUUGUCGUCGUCAACUUCUAUCAUUUUCUCUUCUUCGAAGACCCCAAGGCUGAGGUGGCUAAACAUCUUUCUUUCAUGGAGGGCCUCGACAUUCGUGGUCGGAUAUAUGUAAACGAACAAGGGAUUAACGCUCAGUACAGUGGUCCAUCAAAAGAUGCUUUGGCAUAUGUGGAAUGGUUAAAAGAUGAUGACAGAUUUUCUGACAUUUUAGUUCAAGUUUCUCCAGCACUAAAUGGGCAUGCCUUUCCAAAAUUGAGGUUGCGGUAUAAGCCUUCUCUAGUUCAGUUUGAAGGUGGUGAUGCUCAUCUUCCUUUGCUUGAUCCUUCUAUGCGAGCAACACCACUAGAACCAUCCGAAUGGAGAAAAAAAUUAGAAGCUGUAAACCCGGUUGAUGAUCCAUCAAAAGAGAAUUCUAGUUCUAACUACAUUUUACUAGAUGUGAGAAAUGGUUAUGAGUGGGAUAUUGGACAUUUUGAUGGAGCUCAACGACCUGAUGUGGACUGCUUUAGGAGCACUUCAUAUGGCUUAUCACAGUCAGAGGUCAUUGCUUCAGACCCUCUAGCAGAUGUCGAUAAAGAAAAAACAGACAUAUUGAUGUAUUGUACUGGAGGCAUUCGUUGUGAUGUAUAUUCGACAAUUCUGAGGCAGCGGGGUUUUCAAAAUUUGUACACGUUAGAGGGUGGCAUCGCUCAUUAUCUGAAGAAUGAAGGUCCAGUCAAGUGGACUGGGAAUUUGUUCGUGUUUGACUCUCGUCUUUCUCUGUCACCUUCUACUUACAAGCCUGAAGCCAAGGCUAAAGCAAUCAAGAGGGAAGAAUUUUCCAGUGAUAGUGCAUUUGCUAAAUGCUACGUCUGUGGCUCACAAGUCUGUGAAUUAAGGCAUAGGAACUGUGCAAAUAUUGAUUGCAAUUUCCUUUUUCUGUGUUGUACGGACUGUGUGAAGGAUUUAAGAGGGUGUUGCUGUGCAAAUUGCACUACUGCUCCUCGACUUAGGCCUGUGCUAACAGGACAUCAAAGAUACAAAAAGUGGCACAUAUAUAGAGACUCGGAGUUGCUUAGCAACUUGGCAGCUUAACCAAAUACAUGAAUCCUCAAGGUCAGAAAUUGUUACUUUAUACAUAAAUUAAAAAUCCAAAAGUUAUAGCAUUGAACUUUGCAAGAAAAGUGUCGGUCAAAGGUUCACCCUAUUACAAAAAAAUCUCACCUUGAGCCAAAGCCACAGUUUCUUGCAAUUUUUUUUUUAUGCAAUGAAUAGCAGUUGUUUAACUAGUCUUAUUCUUUAUAAAUCUCACAAAAAAAAAAAAAAAAAAUCCUGUCUAUAUAUUUUUUACAUACUGUAUGUUGAAUAAUUUAUGAGGCAGAACUCAAAUGUUUGUUUUAUGAACAAUUUUUUCAUAUCAAUUUUUAACUUGAUUUAUGAGGAAUUAUUUACUACU